GGCUGAGUCUCUGCAGGAUCAUCCCGCCAGACCUGACACUCCUUUUCAUUUUCUCACACGCAUCCGAACACACAACAAACCAGACAAAUCAGACAUUCUUGUUGUGUUAAUAACAACACAAUCAGGAGCAUCAUGGGUAACGUGCAGCCCACAAUAGUCCCAUUUGAGGACUUUGAUACGACAACCGACAUCAAGGCUAUUAGACAAGCGUGCAAAGGUUUAGGUACCGAUGAGGAGGCCAUUAUUCAAAUCUUGGCCAAUCGCUCUGCAGCCCAACGUCUGGAGAUCAAGCAAGCUUAUUUUGAAAAGUACGACGACGAGUUAGAGGAGGUCCUGAAAAAGGAGUUGACUGGUAACUUGGAGAACGCCAUCAUGGCCAUGUUGGACCCUCCCCAUGUGUACUUCGCCAAGGAACUGAGGAAGGCCAUGAAGGGGGCGGGGACGGACGAAGCAGUGCUGGUUGAGAUCCUGUGCACGGCUACUAAUGAGGACAUCAUCGCCUACAGGGAGGCCUAUGCCCAGGUGAAUGAACGUGACCUAGAGGCCGAUAUUGAGGAUGACACCAGUGGAGAUGUGAGGAACCUUCUCAUCUCGCUGAUGCAGGCCAGCAGAGAUGAGGGCUACGAGGUGGAUGAGGAUUUAGCCGAACAGGACGCCACAUCUUUGUUUGAGGCAGGAGAAGGCAUGUUUGGCACGGACGAGUCCACCUUCAGCCACAUCUUGGCACAGAGGAACUACAUGCAGCUUCAGGCCACUUUUAAGGCCUAUGAGGCGCUUUCAGGGACAGAUAUUUUGGACACAAUUGACUCAGAGGCCACAGGAACUCUAAAGGACUGUUACAUCACUCUCGUAAGGUGUGCCAAGAACCCGCAGCUGUACUUCGCCCGGCGUCUUAACGCUGCUAUGAAAGGAAUCGGUACUGAUGAGGACACACUCAUCCGCAUCAUUGUGGGUCGCUCUGAGAUUGACCUUGAGACGGUGAAGGACAUGUACCUGGAGAAGUACGACGUCACCCUAAAAGACGCCUUGGAUUCGGAGUGCGGCGGCGACUUCAAGCGUCUCCUGCUGGAGAUCUUGCAUUAAAACACUUUUCUCCAUCACUUGCCUUAUUUAUCCUCCUUUCUACCUCCUCCAAGCACUCCAUCUAUGUAUUUCACUCCUCUCCUGUGUGUACUUACUCACUCUCCUCGCUGUCAUGUACUCCGAAUUAGCCGUGUGUCCACUGAUACGUCUCUAAUGUCUCUGCAGCAUGGACCAAAAAGCAAAAAUGUUAACUGCUGUUUAGAGUUUUUUCCCAAGAUGAUUACAUUCAGUGGAAACUUCCUUACUGCCGUAGUUCACUGGCUUUUAACAACAUGGAGGACAGGGACCAUGCAAACUCACUCAUACAUGAAUUACAUUUCUCCAACACUUUCACAUUUCAUUGCUUGACGUUGCUUGACGUUUCAUCCUUUCAUUUACUCUUUGCCUCAAAGAUGCCUUUUCCUAUAGUAUGCAAAUGAUUUACAGCUGCAACGCUCAACACAUAAGUGCCGAAAGACCAUCAUCAUACUUGCCCUUGACAUGACACUUACCCAGUUGUAUCCUUUUGUUAUGAAUUCACUGUACUGGACAACACCCCCCCCCCCCUCCCCAUUAACAUUCACUACACUCACGUAACAUGGAGAUCAUGUGUGCAUUUAGGACAAUUUUGCUUAUACAAGACUUGAAUGUUGCUCACUGAUGUGUUUAGCAAUUGUGUGCUAAUGUAAGGCAAAGAUGAUAGCGGCUGCUGUAAUAGACUAAUGUAAUGCACUACUAGACUAUAUAAAGGGUGUUGGUGUAAUCCAUUGAUGCAAGAAGCGGUAUACACGUGCAAAGAAAAUAAAAACUGAUAGCUAA